AUGGGCUGUACCACGGGGCACCUGGCAUGCCAGCCCCAGCCUUUUUCAAGCCCCAACCAGGAGGGACAGAUUCAGGAGGGGGCAGCCAAAGUCCCUGAGGUCCUGUCCUCUUUAGAGAGGCUUUCUCAGGCCACAGGGGGCAUGGAGAAAUCCUGGUAUCGCUGCAUCUUUCCCUUCGGAAUCAUCUCACUGGUGAUUGGUAUAGCUGGCACAGGCGUGACCUGCACCUACAAUGACCUCCCUCAGACCAAGGUGGUGUCAGUCGUCUUGCUGAUUGCUGGGCUCGUCCUGGUGGUAAUGGCUACUGCCUGUUGGACAGUACAUAAGAAGAAACGCAGGAAAAAGAAAGAGGGAGGCCCCUUUACCACUGAACAGUGUCCCCUGUGA